GACUAGCUUGAGGUAAAAAGCCACAGCCUCCACGCCGGCGACCGGUCCAUCAAUCAAUCCCCCAGAUGGCGGAGAUCGCCCCGUCUCCUGCUCCAUCGCCGGUGCCGGCGACUCGCCAGAAAUUGUCAGUGUUCGAGCCGUUAGACGCACGCAUCAAGGAGCUGACCUCGUCGCAGGCUGAGUUGCUGGGCAGGAUCCAGAAUCUCAAACAGGAGGUUCAGAAAUGGCGCUCCAAUGUAGAGGCACAGAGCAAGACAUUGAAAACCGAGCUUCUGGACACGAAGGAGGCACUCUGCUCUGAAGUGCAACACCUGAAAUCGGACAUCAAGGAAAUCAGGUCUGCGGUCCAGGAAGAGAAGGCCAGCUUAAAAGCUCCUUUCAGAAAUUUGGAGGAGGUUCGUUACCAUGCUAUUUAUGCCAUGAUGUUCUACUGUAGCAACUGA